CUUUGCUCCCCCAGACUCCCCUUGUCAUCGAUUCCAGCCCGUCGAUUUUAGUUCUUCUUCUGCGGUGCCACCGGCCAGAUAAAUCAGCCACCUCAUCCACCCUCGUUGCUGUAUAUCUCCAGCUGGAUCAUCGGCUGAAAAGCACAUACUUGCUCGGCAUCUUCCAGCCCUGAGAUCAACUCAACGUUUAUCCUAUCUAUUUUUAUCCUGUCACCCGGAUUCUUGGAUAUAUAAUCCUCCUCGAUCCUCACCAUGGCUCCCAAAAGACCAUCCCUCCAUCCAUUGACCACUCCCAAGACCAUGACUUUCCCAUCCGAGCUCCGAGAACGCACCUACACCACCACCCUCGAGCCCAACGAGGGAUGCAAGAAAGAGGACGAAGAUACCGAGUUCUCCAUGACGCCGCCGCCAGCCUACACGGAGUUUCUGAACACCUUCAGUCCCAUCUUCGCCAGCCCGGACACCUCCCGGGCCAACUUCUCCAAGUACAUGCUCGACAAGCCUCGUCCGUCACCUACCUCCGCUCCGUCCAGCUCCACGAGCACCACCUUCCACGGCGGCAAUCCUUCCCCGCGGACUCUCCCUCCUCCGCAUCUCUCGGUGCCCAACAGGACUCCGGAUCAUGUCCGUCGCAUGCGCCUGCCUCCGCCGUAUGGCUACACUCCGGCGUCGGAGUCCCCGCGCAGUGCGCACCCUCUGCGAUCCCCCUACACUCCGUCGGAGAUGCGCACGCACCACUUUGACUCGCCCGUCAGUGACCACGCGGGAUACUUCAGUAUCCGGCACGUGGUCACCACGACGAUCACGUACAAACGGACCCCUCAGCUUGAGGCUCCCCCGCAGGGCAAACGGAGAAGAAAUGGCGAUGAUUAGACGGGAGCUUCGUAUCUUUCGCCUCCCCCGUCUGACAAGGUCAAUGUAUGAUGGUGGUCAUCGUAUGCCGAAUACGUUGGUGUUUAGUGUCUUUGGUCCUGUUUUCCUGCCGCUGUCUUGGUAGUGAGAGUGGGCCGCAUUGGGAUUGGGUUUCUUUGCUUUCCGCUUUUUUGCUUUUGUUGUCUUUAGUUAUCACGUCAGUCAGGUUACUGGACGAUAUUCAUGCAUUGCCGUUGGGUAGUUGGUGCUCGGACUUGUUGAACGGACUGGAGUUGGGCUACUUUGUGCCUACGGCGGGACUUACGACCAUGGAUCUAUCGCAAUGAUUAAAUGAGAAUUUUUGU